GUUCUUCGGACAGGACAAGGUGUUUGCUUCGUUGAUUAAUGACAUCAAAAAGCUAGAAGCUGGCUGCAUGUUGGUGGACAGCAUUCCCACAUACGGCACUGUGGUGGCAAUUCUGGGCGACAAUCUAGGCAGCCACAGUAUUGGUGGAUUCAUGGAAAAUUUCAGCACUGCCGAAUACAUCUGCAGAUUUUGUUUAGUAAAGCGGGAAAACAUGUUUGCGAAAACCAUUUUUGACAACAGUGAACUAAGAAAUGAAGGUAACUACAAAGAGGCAGUGAAAAAACUCCAGGAUGACUCUACCCUUGUUUCGUGCAAAGGCAUUAAAUUUGAUGCUUUGUUUAAUGGCCUAAAAUACUUUCACGUUUGUGCUCCUGGGCUCCCUCCAUGUUUAGCACAUGACCUGUUUGAAGGUGUGGUAUCAUACGAUCUUCCAUUGAUGCUACAAUACUUCAUCACGAAGCAGCGAUGGUUGUCUGUUGAAGAACUGAAUAAAAGGACUGUUUCAUUCAAGUUCAAAAGAGUGGACGUGAACGACCAGCCAGCUGAGGUUUUCAAGACAUUUAAAAAGCUGAGUGGACAUGCAAUCCAGAACUGGAAUAUGCUUCAGUUUUUGCCCUGCUUUCUGUAUGACAAGGUGUGCAGAAAUGACCCUGUAUGGGAGUUAGUGUUGAUGCUCACUGAACUUGUUCAAUUGGCAUGCGCUCCAGCAAUAAAUAUGCCCAUGAUAAUGAGACUGAAAGAUUUGAUAGAAGAUUACAUUGACCGAAGAACUGAGCUCUUUCCUGGUACUCCUCUGAAACCGAAGCACCAUUACAUGGUUCACUACCCCCAUCUCAUUACUCAGUUUGGACCGCUUAUUCGGUUAUGGACUAUGCGUUGUGAAAGCAAGCAUGGCUAUUUUCGCAAGUGCAUAAGAAGUGCCCAGAACUUUAAGAACAUCACGCUGACACUUGCUGAAAAACACCAGCUUCUUCAGGCAUUCAGGGGGAGUAGCUGCCGUUUUGAAAGAGACUUGGUGAUUGACUCCACAUUUAUAUUUUGCCCUAGUUUGUUCAAUAUGGAAGUUCAGGAAGCCAUCAAGACUUAUGGAGUACUAGGAAAAGAAUUGUAUUGCACAUACCAAAUUGAAUACAGGGGCAUCAAGUACAGCAAAGACAUGGUCGUGAUCUUGAGUCGUGAAGAAAGUAGGCUGGUGUUUGGUCGGAUCAUUUUCAUUUUAUUGCUAGAGAACAAAGUCUUUUUUCUUGUUCGUGUCACUUGUUCUGUUUUGGAACCUAUGAUGAUGGUGUAUUUCUUGCCGGGCCCAGAAUCUGGGACACUGAAGUGCAUUUCCAUUCAUGACCUUCUAGAUUACUAUCCACUUGAGUCAUAUGAUGUCGGCCAUCCAAAAGUCACAGUCAUUGCACUUAAGCAUGCAGUUUUAGAUUAUUGUUAAUUUUUUUUUCAGCCCAGAGGACUUCAUGUCACUUGUUCAGGGGUGGCUUCCAGCACUCAGUGAGGAGGACUUCAUCUCCAUCAGUCGGAAACUUCAGGAGUUGGGAGUAAAAUGUGCAGAACACUUCAGAUAUCUACAAGAAUCAGACUUAGACUUCUUAGCCCCUGUGCAAAGACGCAUCCUGCUCGAGAAGUUUCAAACCAUCAGUGCUGCUCCUGUCCCAUCAGGGCAGGGUGGCAGUUGUGCUAAGGUGACUUCAGAUGCCAACUCGCAGCUAGAUGAAUGGGCUGAGAAAUUUUGCAUCCCUUGGGAAAUGUUCCCGCCAAGUUUACUUCAAGCAUGCAAAGCACAAGAAAGGCCUACAAAAACCGAUCUGAACCAGAUGGUGAGAAUGCUGAGUUCUCUAAUCCUGCAUAAGCAUUCAACGCCUGGCAGACGUAACCUGAGAAUAAUUGCAACAAAAGUUGUGUCAAUGUACCCGUCAUCAUUUCAGGAUUUGCUACAGGGUACAGUUGUUGGCACAGGAGUUGAGACAUUGAUGUGGAAGCUCGAGAACUGCGUCAAUAACAAGAAGAGACCAAUUGCACAUGCACUGCCUGCAGAAAUUGUUGAUGACCCAGACUCCUUCCAGCCACGUCCACGAUCUACCCGUGACUCCUAUGGUUGCGUAGCAUGGCAGCCAGAGUUACCAAGUGGAGAAAGUUUGUUGACACAACGAGAAAAGCAGCAACAGCUUCUUUCUGAGUAUGCUAAAAUGCAUCCCAACAAGCAGCUUGUCACUCGUUUAAUGAUUGAGACGUAUGCAUCACAAAGGCUGACCAUUAAUCACUCGGGGAGUGUGACAGAAGUCAAAAAGAACUGGCCAUUUUUGCUUACUGAGGACUGCCUUCUUGAGCAUUCCAAGGAGCUACUUGGUAGUGAGGUUUACCAAAGAAUUGGUGCUAACAUGGAAAGCGUUGGGCUGCGUGUAUAUCGUUAUGCUUAUAGUCAGAUGAAGCGGCCGAAGGUGAAGAAAUGUCUCGAAGAAAUUGAACAAGCAAAGAGCCGUCUCAAGAGUGUGACACCAGAACAUGAAGGUGCACUUGUUCUCCUCCUUGCCCUCUUUGACCAGGAUGAAGAGCUCAUCUACAAGACCGUUGAGGAGACCGCCCAUGACGAUGACUUGGGAGACAUGCCAUUGACGCCCAUAAUAUGUAUGAAAGGACCAGGUCUCUUUGAGGCAGAAAUGUUCACUGUCUGUGUGGAUGGUGUCGCUAUCUUGACUACUCAGCGGGCUGCAGCUUUCAAAGCCAUGUUUCUCUUAUACUUCGUUCUUAACAUCGAGUAUCCACCUGAAGUGGCUUUGACAUUGGAGUUUGUGCAGAGGGCAAUCGCAGGAAUCAACCCAGAAAGAAGCACAAAGGCACGACGAACGUCGAAGAAGCAGUAUUGUUUGUCGCCAAAAGUGGCUGCCUUGGCGAAUGCCCUGGAUCAAUACAAGUUCUAAGCUUGAGUUUGAGUUCUAAAUAAAGCGUAAAAUUUGGAAUGUCAA